CCCGCCAUCUUAGAUUCCGAGACAGCCACUAUGGACAUGCUAAAACUGAUGUUAAUAAACGACAAAUCGAAGUCUCGUGAGGAUUUGUAUACACAUUUAAACAUGUCGGUGGCAGUGGCUAAAGACAAAGGUGAUCAACUUCCGGGCACUAUAGAGGCGCAAUACGGCAAGUUUCUAUUGCCCUUCUGGGAAACCUUCCAAGAGACCAUCAGGGGCAAGGAGACUAACAUUGUAGUAGUAACAUACCAAUACAGUCCUUACAUAUUUGCCAACAACACCGACGCCAUCAAUACAGGAAUCAUCAAGAUGAUCAUCGUCGAUAAAAAUGGCAUGGACGUGACCUUGCCUGACCCCGAAGAUCCCGUGGGACUUCGUGCGGAAGCUGAAGACGCCUUGAAUGCGGUUGUUAAAUGGAAUGAGAUGGAAGCGUCGAAAACCACGGAGGGAGCAUUUGAUGCUAUCGUUGCUUUCAACUAUAGCAUCGUUGGUUUCACUAUCGAUAUCAACCUUAAGAGCACGAAGACGUGUAUUACAUUGGGAAAGUUCGGACCAGAAAGUUUCCCUACCGAGGAGGACUUUGACAUCCGUGUAGAAACUAAGGGCAAGAGUAAAAUUGUAAUGUCCAGACCAGAUGACCUUAUUAGGACCUUUAGUGACCAGACUUUACAAAUAGCCCACACUUACAAGAUGGAGGGGGAGGCUUUAAUUAAUCCAAUCCUGAUGGUCGUGCAGUGCGAAGAUGGUGCUCUCAGUCGCCGCCGAAAACGCUCGGCUACACCCACAUCAACGGCGGCACCCCCGGGUGCGGUUGAACCACACCAAUACCGUAUAGUAGAAGUAGAUUUAAGGAGAUUUGAUCCGUCGACAGGAAAAUGGAUUGUUAGCGAAGACAUAAAGGUCUCUUCUGGAUCCGGGACCAACAUAGCUUACAAGAGCAACUUCUUUGGGACAUUCUCUGCCAAUAUCUUGUUCGUAGCUCCAGAAACAAUCGACUUUGCAUCUAUCUUCCUUAACUUCUCAGAGAGGCUGAAAGAGACCCCCCACGCUUUGGCCUGUAUCAGUGGUAUUUUUAUUAUUGUCGUCAUCAUCGCCAUUCCUCUACGUCGAUUGGACAAAGGGGACGCUGUGAUGUGGAGUUACAUGCCUUUCGAGGACAACUUGCCAGGAGCUGAACAUAAAUAUUACAUAGCAGUAUCAACCGCCAUACGAUCGUCAAAAUACUUAUCCUCCACUGUGUAUAUCAAAGUGGUGGGAGACAAAGGAGAAACGGGGAUCAGACAACUUUCAGAUGGAAGGAGAAAGAAUUUUGGAAGAGGAACGACGUCGCAUUUUGUAAUGAGAACAAGCACCCAACUCGGUCAUUUGAAGUACCUUAUUGUGUGGCAUGAUAAUAAGGGUCCUUCCCCUGGAUGGUUGCUAAGUAAAAUCGUCAUCGGCGACAUCAAAAACAAUCGAAGGUAUGUGUUUGUCUGUGGCAAAUGGUUGUCUCUUGGUGGUGAGGACGGCAGAACGUGGAAGAAAAUGGAAGCUUUGGACGAGCAGGUGAUGGACAGCCAAAUGCUUCUAAACGAAACCAGCAAGCGUAACAUGUUUGAUGAGCACCUUUGGUUUUCUCUGUCCAAGCGUCCAAACUACAGUCGGUUCACCCGUGUUCAAAGAUUGUGGUCCAUCACCGCACUUCUGUUUCUGUCCAUGAUUGCUUCGGCCAUGUUCUAUAACACUGCUGACACUGGCGGACGUGUCAUAACCCUUGGACCGCUAAAACUCAGUUACAAGCAGUUUUACGUCGGCUUCAUGUCAGCCGCCAUCGCAGUAAUACCGAGUGUCAUUAUCAUCAACAUCUUCAAACAUCGUCGAUUUAAAGGCGAACAGGUGAUUAAGUUCCCUAGUAAAGGUAAACCAAUGAAGAAGCGGUGUUGUUGUGGAUGUUGUGCCAAGUGUUGCUCAGGCCCGACCUCGCUGCCCUGGUGGACUAUAUUUUUUGGUUAUCUGCUGAUUGUAGCAUGCAUAGGAUCAGGUGGGUCCUUCACUUUUAUGUAUUCCCUUGAAUGGGGGACAGAUCUCACAGUGGAAUGGUUGCUCGCCUUCUUCCUCGGAACGGUGGAAAGCGUCUUCGUAUUUGAACCAGUAAAGGCCAUUGCACUGGCUGUGUUUCUGGCAUGUUGCUGCUCGAGAAAUGCAAGGCAGACGCUUGCUGACCUCCCCUUUCCGUCUGAAGAUGAUAUGCAGGAUGAUGACAUGGACAUUGAACGAGUCGUGUUGGUAGUGGAUCCAACAGUAUUUUGUCCGGCUGAUAUCAAUGAUGACUCCUCCGUGGAAACCAGGCGACUGAAGCGACGUCUACAGUUGGACAAGAAGUUAUAUGCGCUCAUCAAACACUGGAUUGUACAAUUUCUCUACGUCGUAAUGGUGGCCACCAUCUGUUCCCAGAAUAUCGUCGAAGAUGCGUACUAUCAAAAUAAACAUCUCGAGUCUGUGUUGUCCUCGCACACGCCAAACUCAACAGAAGAUAUUUGGGAUUGGAUUUCAGACAAGUUUAUCGUAAAGAUUUUUCCGAAGCUGUACCUGAAUAACGAAGUGCGUAUGUCGUACAUCCUGCGGUUCAUUGACGAUACUCAACACUUCCGGUUAGGAUUAGCACGAGUACGGCAGGUCCGUGUGACCCCGAAAAGUGACCCUUUCCUCAUACCCUGGUUUGACACACAGUCGUGUUUCAUACCUACUGUUGUGGCGAAUCAGGUCACUAGAUGUCCGAUCAGCUACAACAUGGACACAGAGGCAACAGAGGACUACUGUAAAGGAUGGAUGCCCAACAACUUGACUUGUUUUGACGAGAAUGAGGAGACGGACUACGCCUAUUUGUAUCGGAACGAAACUGAAACUGGUGCAAUGAGCUAUCAGGGAACAUAUGGGACUUAUGGUGGUGGUGGUUACUAUCAAGACAUCGGACCAAAACGGUCUUUUGCAACCCGCGACAUGGAUCUGCUGAAAAAAAAUUCAUGGAUUGAUCAGUAUACAAGGGCAUUAUUUGUAGAAUCAAUGCUUUAUAAUCCUGAUUCAAAGCUUUUUUCUCACGUCAAAGUCAUUUUUGAGUUAUCAGCUUUUGGAGAACGCGACAUCUUGUUUAAAGUCUCAACUGCUAAUCUAUACCCAUUCCAGCAAUCAUUUGACUAUGUGGUGCUUGGAUUACAAGUUUUCUUCAUAUUUAUUAUCUUCAUCAAGUUUGUGUUGAUAUUCGUGCGUGCUAUCAAAAGCAGAUGUGGCUUCUUUUUGACUGUUGGUGCUUGGAUAAAUAUAUUAGAGGUUGGAUUUGGGAUGUGUGCCAUAGUCUUCUUCUGCAUCCGAGUUGACGAAACUAUAACAGCGAUAGAAAAAAUAUUCAAGAACCUUGGUUCCUUCGUGUCAUUCGAGAAGGUGAAUUUGAUGGACGAAUGGUACAGGACAACCGUAAGUGCUGUCUGUUUUAUAGCAACUCUUGGGUUGCUGGAGCCGCUGUCUUUUAACUACUACAUGCAUUUGAUGCGGAUCACUAUCAUUAUCGCCAGACACAAACUUGCCGGAUUCUUUUUAAUCUUGAUGGUCCUCAUCAUGUCCUUUUCAAUGCUCAUACAUCUCAUGUAUGGCAAUGUUGAAGAGCAAUUCUAUUCUGUGGGAGCUUCUGUUCUCUCCUUGUUCCAAGUUACCAUUGGGAUGAUUAGUUUUCGGCAGAAUAUUCACGUAGAGGACGUGGGUAUUAUCUGCAUAUUUGGACUUUUUACAAUCAUGAUUACGAUGAUUACUAUCAAUUUGUUCAUAAGUACAUUAAAUAUGGCAUUUUCGGACGCAACGGACCUCAUCACUAGACCAGGGGAAUAUCAGUUUGAUAAACGACUCAAUGGCCAUUUUUGGAAUAAAUUCGAGAGCAUUGUAAAGGUGCUGCAGUUGCCCAAGAUUCAUCCUGUUUCGGGAAGCAGAAAAGAUGAAGAAGAGGAAGAGGAAGAAAGAGAUCCGGUGGAUAAAAAGAUAAAUGCCCUACAGCAGAAAAUGGUGAGCCUGGUAAAAGAGGACUUCUAUACACAAGCUCAGUUUGUUAAAGGCUGUCUUAUAUGGACCACAAAAGUCAUCAAAUCUAGGGAAUUACGGUGUAUAUCCAGACUUCUGGAGACGGAAUCCCAUUACCUAUACAUGGAUAAAGCAAGCAGAUUCGUCCUGACCUUGAUUUUCGAUCAAGCUUUGGAUGAGCAGGAGAUUCCAGCUCGGCACAUCAGAAGGAACGAAAUGAUACUGAAUAAAAAGGUUGGUCCUCCGCCCGAAACGUAUAUGGAGCUGCUUAGUGACCUAUUUGUAAUCGGCAUUCCGGAUUCCCUUUCAGAUCAGGGCCCCUUGGAUGUCAAAGUUGUGGACAGAGAUAUAGUUGACGAAUCCAAAGUGUCAUAUGGAGAAAUUUUUAUCAUUGCAAGUUUCGACAGAGGAAGAUCAUGGCAAAGAUAUUUAUCGCUACAGUCUAAUACGGAAAGCCCAUGCAUAGGUAUAAAACUAAACACGUGUCCAAGUCAUGUCAUAGCUGCCAAGUGUGACCCGUGGAUGGCGCCUUCUGAGUCUGUCCGCUCUACGAUUGAGGCGCACGCCAUACCAAGUUUAGGCGGAUCAGUCACCCUGAAUCAGGACAGACGAGUCACUAUAACUAUAGAGCCAAACUCAUUCGAGACAACGUGCAAGAUGUCAUUUAUGUUUGAGGAGAAGCAGCCCGUCCCAGUGAUCUAUAUACGAGUUUCUGAUGAUGUAAAACAUCCGAUAAAGAUGACGUUACCCCAAACAGAGUUCCUUAAACCUCUACAGAGUAAGAAAGGUAUACCCAGAGAAUUUUUCUUAAUGACAAGAGAUGGGAUCGGGGUGUGGGAAAAAGGAUCAACACCUAUAAGGAAAAAUAAUCUUGGACACUUUAUGUUUAGAGUCGGCAAUCUUCGAAUCGGUGUUCUGAAGACCAUUACUGUUGUGCCAGAAGAGGAACAGACUUAAAGAAUGUAAUCUGAAUACCAGAUCGUGCUAGGAGAGACUGCGAACUGUGAUAAAAGUUAAAAAGUACAGUUCACCUUUUUUUUUUUUUUUUUUUUUACGAUACAUUUGUAAUACUAUGGAGUUUCUGUUAAGAAAUGUUGAGGAGAAACGUGAACAAGAUAUCAUAUAUUUUGCUUGUUAAGUUUCUUUUGUCAAAUUUAAUCUAACCGUGUUCUAACAUGAAUUGGAGCAUAGUUUUUCAUGACAACUGUUUGUGUUGGUAGUGAUAAACGUGAACCUAGCAUAUAAUGUAUUCGACGGUUUACAUCAUUUUGUGUUAAUGGCGCUUUGCAAACGUUCUUCUGCAUUGCAUAGGUACUUUAAAUCAAUAAGGACAUUAUUUAUCUAGGGUGGGUUGGCGGGUAGAAACAACACUUUUAAAUUCUAUGAAUAGUAUUUGUCUAGUGGGGGUGUUUGAUGAGUAGAUUCAGAACUUUUAAGAUAUUGUAUGAAUUUUAUUUAGGGUGUGUUGGUGGAUGGAUAGAUUCCGAAUCUUUAAUAUUCUGUGAAUAAAAUUUAUCUAGAGUGGAUUGAUGGUUGGGUAGUUUCAGAAUUUUUGAAUAUCCUGUCAAUGUUAUUUAUCUAGGGUUGAUUGAGGGUUGGGUGGAAUAAGAAUUUCUAAAUAUUCUGCCAAAAGUAUUUAUCUACGGUGGGUUGGGUGUUGGGUAGAUUGAGAAUUUUUAAAUAUACACUUAUCUAAGGUGGGUUGGGGAUGCGUAGAUUCAGAAUUAUUAAUUAUCCUGUCAAAAGUAUAUACCCAAGGUGGGUGGUUUGGUUUAACCAAAACUUUUAAGAUAUCCUGUCAAAAUGAUAUUACAAAUUUAACAACAGGACUUUUUAUUAGUCAGUAUGUUUCAUUGCUUUUAUCCAGUUACUGUAAUGAUAUUAUUACGUUAGAAAACAUGCAGUCUAAAAACAUCAUCAAGCUUUCCUGAAAUUAUACAUGCGCAUAUUUUCUGUAUACCUUGGCUCUCCAUUACAUUAACUUCCCCUUGUUUUCUUUUAAUUCUACCCAAUGUGAGCUAAUGUCUCAUGACAGUUAUUUAAUUAGAAUAUACAUGUACAUAAUUCUUUAUGUAACUUAUCAUUCUUUAUGUAACUUUAUCAUUCUUUAUGUAAUUUAUCAUUCUUUAUGUAACUUAUCAUUCUUUAUGUAAUUUUAUCAUUCUCUAUGUAAUUGUAUUAUUCGUUGUGUAAUCUAUCUUCUUUUUAAAUAUAAUUGAUCAUUCUUUAUGUAAUUAUCAUUUUUAUUUAACUUUAUCAUUCUCUAUGUAAUUGUAUUAUUAGUUGUGUAAUCUAUCUUUUUUUUAUAUAAUUAAUCAUUCUUUAUGUUAUUUAUCAUUUUUAUGUAGCUUAAUCAUUCUCUAUGUAAUUGUAUCAUUCGUUGUGUAAUUUAUCGUUUUUAUAUACAAUGUAUCAUUUAUCAUUAUUUAUGUAAAUUAUAAGUAUCAUUCUUUUAAUUGAUUUUAUAUGUUUUAUGAUAUUGCUAAUUCUGCAUUUGGAACUUGUCCAGUUAUACAACAAUGUUAUAUAUAUACUUAUAUAUAAAUGAGGUAUCAUUGUUGCAUUACAGACUGAAACUUUUGUAUGAUUAUUUAUUUAUUUGUAUGUUUGCUGUGCCUAAUAGUAGUCGGUUUUAGCUAAAAUGGUAAAAUUUGAUAUAUAGGAUAAUUUCUUUUUGAGAGCCAUUCAGGCAUUUCCGUUUAUUUCUCGGGGGAAAAAAAGAGUGGUUUUCCGUUGUGAGGAAUGCUGUGCCAUUUAAAAAUGUGAAGAGUUCCAUUUCAGAGCUUUUUAUCGACUUUGAGUAACUUCCCUUCAUAAUACAUACAUUUUUCUUCUCUUGUCAAGGUAAUAAUGUUACAUUUGAAUUGCAAAUAUCCACAAUUCUGAGCUUGUAAAAUUGGUGUAUAAUGGCAGUAACCGAUGUGGAAUAUACUAGUUGUUGAUAAUCUUUUAUUUUAUUGUUUUCAAAUAAAUCAUUAAACGACAAGUGUAUAUAAUGUUUGAAAUACAUCACAAGUUUUAUCAUUUUUUUUAUUAUCUAAUGGAAGUAAAUUUAGUUGUUAUUAGCAUGUAUACACAGCUGUUUGUCAUCUCAUAUACAAUGUUUUUAUUAGAAUUUAAAUUACCCUUUUUCAGAUAAGAUAAUAUUUAGUAGAAAUAUGUAAAUAUACAUGGUUAUAUUUGAAGAUUGUUUUUUCUAAUGAAUUCGAGAGUAGAUAAUUAAAAAAAGAAUAAUUUCAAAGGAUAAUGUUCCGAAUUAGAACUGUUUUACUUCAUUCUUGUUUUACAUCUCCCAGGGUAUAUUCUAAACUUUGACAAAGGGUGUGAUAUUUAUGUUAUGUAAUGAAAUAAAUAGGAUAUAUAUGGUUGUGUAUGGUGUAUUUUUAUAUUUUAUUAUGUACAUUAGUUAUACUUAAGCUUACAUAUAAAUAUACAAUGAUGUAUUGUACAGUGUAAACUGUUUUCUACGAAAUGAUGACAUAAGUAUUAACAAUUCACUGUUAGGGGAAAUAUGAUAUAUUCACUGAUAACGUAUGUAUAUUAAUAUAAUCACUACUAACGCAGAUGUGAUCUAUUCAUUGAAAAUGCACGUAUGCCAUAUACACUAGCAACACAAAUAUUUCACUGAUAACGCAAAUAUUUCACUGAUUACGCAAAUAUUACACUGAUAACACAAAUAUUACACUGAUAACGCAAAUAUUUCACUGAUAACGCAAAUAUUACACUGAUAACGCAAAUAUUCACUGAUAACGCAAAUAUUUUACUGAUAACGCAAAAAGAUAUAAAUUAAUUUAUUCCUUAAAUAACACAAAUAAUUUACUGAUAACGCAAAUAUCCAACCUAUUUUCUGUUAUUCAAACGAUAAUAUACAUGUACACACUCUCCGGGCUAUAUUUUCAAUCUAAUUUGAUAUAUCUACCACCAGUAUUAGGGAGAGUCAACACUGUAAUUCAUCAAUACAGGGAAUGUUGUCUUGCAGGGUAAUGGUUAUGUCACACAGACAAUGAAAACUUUAUUGUAUGUUCGUAAUCAUUCCUGAAUAUCUUGUUAUAUAUGCUUUUCAAAAACUAUAAUGAUGGAAUAAAAAUGUUUCAUGUAA